AUGACAAAGGCACUUCACUGGCCAACAGGCAUAGCUGCUGUGUACUACAUUAUGCUUGUCUAUGGCGUGUUGUACCACCGUUGGUUCGACAAGACACAGGGUCUGCAACUGCUUCUCACUCUGGACUGCAUUGGCAUUGCCACCACACUUGCUGCCACUGGAUUACCUUGCCUCAUCCGUUUGUUUCGUCAUCCAGAUGCGCCUCCUGCGAGCAUCCUCGUGGCUCUAGUGGCCUGUGUGUGCAAUCUGCUCUGGGCAACCUUCUCUUUCCUGGCUGGGAACUACACGAUGAUGAUUGCUACGAGUGCCGCGGUUUGCUUUGGAGGGCUUCUUGCUCUCCUUUCAUGGUUCUGAGUACUUCCACCACUCUUUUUUGGCUCCACACGAGAUGGAGAGUCUUUUUCCCUCUUGAGUUUUGUUUUUUUAUCUCU